AUGGCAAUUCAAAAGGUUCAAGCUCGUCAAAUCUACGACUCUCGUGGUAACCCCACUGUCGAGGUUGACUUGACCACUGAGACCGGUGUCCACCGUGCCAUCGUCCCCUCCGGUGCCUCCACUGGUAUCUGGGAGGCUCUUGAGCUCCGUGAUGGUGACAAGACCAAGUGGGGUGGCAAGGGUGUUUUGAAGGCCGUUGCCAACGUCAACGAGAUCAUUGCUCCCGCUGUCGUUAAGGCUAACCUCGACGUCACCAACCAAGCUGCUUUCGACAAGUUCUUGAUUGACCUCGACGGUACUGAGAACAAGUCCAAGUUGGGUGCCAACGCCAUCUUGGGUGUCUCCAUGGCUGCCGCUGUUGCUGCUGCUGCUCAGAAGAAGAUCCCUCUCUACCAAUACAUUGCUGAGAUCUUCGGUACCAAGCAACCCUUCGUUCUCCCCGUUCCCUCCUUCAACGUUUUGAACGGUGGUUCCCACGCUGGUGGUGAGCUCGCUUUCCAAGAGUUCAUGAUUCUCCCCACUGGUGCCCCUACCUUCUCUGAGGCCAUGCGCUAUGGUUCCGAGACCUACCAAAUCUUGAAGAAGAUCGCCAAGCAACGCUAUGGCUCUUCCGCCUCCAACGUCGGUGACGAGGGUGGUAUUGCUCCCGACUUGCAAACUCCCGAGGAGGCUCUUGACCUCAUCAACGAGGCCAUCAAGACCGCCGGUUACGAGGGCAAGAUCAAGAUUGGUCUUGAUGUUGCUUCCUCCGAGUUCUACAAGGACGGCAAGUACGACGUUGACAUCAAGGUCAAGAACCCCAACCCCGCUAACAAGCUCUCCUUCGAGCAACUCGGCAAGAUCUACGCCGACCUCGCCAAGAAGUACCCCAUUGUCUCCAUCGAGGACCCCUUCGAGCAAGAUGACUGGGAUGCCUGGACUCAUCUCCAAGCCUCUUCCGACUUCCAAAUUGUCGGUGAUGACUUGACUGUCACCAACGUCAAGCGUCUUUCCAAGGCCAUUGACAAGAAGUGCGCCAACGCCCUUCUUCUCAAGGUCAACCAAAUCGGUACCAUCACCGAGUCCUUGAACGCCGUCCGCAUGUCUUACGAGGCCGGUUGGGGUGUUAUGGUUUCUCACCGUUCCGGUGAGACCGCCGACACCUUCAUUGCUCACUUGACUGAGGCCGAGGAGGCUCUUGACCUCAUCAACGAGGCCAUCAAGACCGCCGGUUACGAGGGCAAGAUCAAGAUUGGUCUUGAUGUUGCUUCCUCCGAGUUCUACAAGGACGGCAAGUACGACGUUGACAUCAAGGUCAAGAACCCCAACCCCGCUAACAAGCUCUCCUUCGAGCAACUCGGCAAGAUCUACGCCGACCUCGCCAAGAAGUACCCCAUUGUCUCCAUCGAGGACCCCUUCGAGCAAGAUGACUGGGAUGCCUGGACUCAUCUCCAAGCCUCUUCCGACUUCCAAAUUGUCGGUGAUGACUUGACUGUCACCAACGUCAAGCGUCUUUCCAAGGCCAUUGACAAGAAGUGCGCCAACGCCCUUCUUCUCAAGGUCAACCAAAUCGGUACCAUCACCGAGUCCUUGAACGCCGUCCGCAUGUCUUACGAGGCCGGUUGGGGUGUUAUGGUUUCUCACCGUUCCGGUGAGACCGCCGACACCUUCAUUGCUCACUUGACUGUCGGUAUCAACGCCGGUCAACUCAAGUCUGGUGCUCCCUGCCGUUCCGAGCGUUUGGCCAAGUACAACGAGCUUCUCCGUAUCGAGGAGGCUCUCGGUGACAAGGCCAUCUACGCUGGUGCCAAGGCCGCUGACUACAUCAAGGCUGCUGCCGCCAAGUUCUAA